AUGCAACCGUACCUUCAGAGAGGUCAUAAUUUAUUCGUUGAUAAUUGGUACACAAGUCCACGUCCUUUCGAGCUGUUGCAUGCGAAUUCUACUGGUGCAUGUGGUAAAGUUCGACGAAACCGAAUCGGAAUGCCAGCUUUUACGAAUAAGUUGAAAAGAGGUGAAUACGAAUAUCAACACACUGAUAUUCUACUUUGUGAACGAUGGUUCGACAAACAUGAAGUUACAAUACUCUCAACAACACACAAACCACAGAUGGCAAGUAGUGGAAAAGCUCACUACGCUACUGGUGAACAAAUUCAGAAGCCUGAGUCUGUCAAGGACUAUAUUGAAAAUAUGAGCGCUGUUGAUAGGUCUGAUAUGCAGAUUAGUUAUGCUGAAUGUGUUAGAAAGACAGUGAAAUGGUAUAAAAAACUCUUUUUCCAUUUACUGGAUAUAUCCAUCCUAAACUCACACAUUCUAUACAAGCAAAAAACUGAUAAAACGAUUCAUUCUUGUGACUUUCGAUUACAGCUGAUUCGUCAAAUUAUCGAAACUUACAGAAAACCAAAAGCGCCGACAGGACGACCAACCACUGGAGACAAUCCUGUUAGACUUAUCGCUCGCCAUUUUCCAUCACUUAUACCUUCAACAUUGACCAAACAAAAUCGUCAAAGAAAAUGUGUCGUUUGUGCGAAAACAACAAGAAGAAAUAAAAAGCGAACUGACAGUAGAUACGAAUGUACUGAAUGCGAUGUGGGACUUUGCGUUUCUGGUUGUUUUCAGGAUUAUCAUACUCUAUACUACUUUUAG